UGACUGAAGGUACUGGUGUUGUCCAUCCAGUUUCGAUAGAAAGGAUCUGAGCAAAAUGUCAACCCUCCCGGGAAAUGGUCUUUCAUCCCGCUGUGGAUCAGGACAACCUUCAACAAGUUUACGUCCGAGAAAACACAGCCUCCCCGUCGUUUUCCGUCGACCUUCGCUGUUGGGCUAUGCGGCAGCAGUAGAGAUAGCACGGGAAGCGCAAGUCUCGGGAGUUCGACGCCGGAGACUAAGUCUAGUCACGCGCCGUCUCUCGACAACAAUAGGAUGGCGGACGGCGAUAUCCCAAGACGAAGUGGUCUCUCAGGCUGAAAAUCUUUGCGGUCGAUUUUUAAGAAACAAAUUGCGCUCGUUUGGCCCCAUCCAUAAAAAGCUUGGACUACAGCGACUUAGGAGCCUUAGUCAGAUCGGCGGAGAUCCGUUAAUGGUGGAAGUGGGCGACCAGUUGCGGCAGUUGGCCGAGCUUCUGGAGAGACAAAACCCUCGACUAUUCCAGAGCGUCAUUAAUAGUGUCGGUCUUAAGUCACUACCGGACGAAUCAGCCGUGGUACAUUUGUUUCAAAAAGUAGCAGACGAAAUUAUUCGUUCUGAGAUAUCCUGGGGUCGUAUCGUGGCGCUGUAUUGUGUGGCUGGGGCUAUAGCUCUGGACUGUGUACGUUUGGGACACCCUGAAUUUGUGUUAGGGCUAAUGCGAGGAAUGGGGUCAGUCAUAGAGGGGGAUGGAGCAGCGUGGAUAGUCCAACAAGGAGGAUGGGAGGCGCUUCUCACUUGUUUCAAGAAUUCAUGUAGAAUCAGCACAACUGGUCUAUUGUGUUUUCUAAUGAUCUCGGUACUCACGACGAUGUUACUGAUCUAUUUCGUCACUUGAUCAAUCAACAAACAUAUCAGUCACCAGAGGUGUUCCAUCUUUUCUUCCGGCACCGAAGAUGACGGAGGUUACGUUUUCACCGCUGUGUUUGUCAGCAAGAUUUCUCGGAGACGGCUUUCGACGAAAGUCAGUGUACAUUUGGACUAUGAUCUAACUUAGAAGUGAUUAGUUUUUGGAGGGUCAAGGUCAAAGUCACAACAAGGUCAUGAAAAUAAUCCCCAUCUGUUAACAUGGAGAUCGACUGUUCAUACUAUUUUUCCUGGAUUUUGAUGAAACUUGGUGGACUUAUGUAGAAUAUUAUUCCUCGUUGUCCUG